AUGGAGAACGUCGUUGGUAAGACGACCCGCGCCAAUACUAUAAAUCUUUGUUAUUACACAUUUUUGGUGGAUGUAACAAAGCAGAGCCCCGGUGUGUCCCGUCUGUCAGGCAAGCACCGACCGGCAGCCAGGUGCCUGCACUCCCCGCUCCGCAGGGAAAGCCCUGGGAGCUGCCGGGCCACUGCCCGCCAGCGGGAGCGCAACCGCGUGCGGCUCGUCAACCUGGGCUUCGCCGCCCUCCGCCAGCACGUCCCCCACGGCGCCGCCAGCAAGAAGAUGAGCAAGGUGGAGACUCUCCGCUCCGCCGUCGAGUACAUCCGCGCCCUGCAGCGGCUCCUCGACGAGCACGACGCCGCCGCCUCUUUCCCCGACGGCCGCGGGCGGGUGGCCGUCGGGGAAGUUGGCGGCGGCGGCGGCUACUCCUCCGCUUCUCCCUCCUUCGCCUCCUCCGCGCCCGGCUCGCCGUGCUCCUCGGAGGAGGGCGGAUACGACGCGGCGCUCAGCCCCGAGGAGCGGGAGCUGCUGGACUUCACCAGCUGGCUGGGGAGCUACUGACACGGCGGGAGCGGCGCUCAGCCCGCAGCAAGUCGGCAUCCUCGGUCUCGGCGGCAGCAGCGGCCCCCCGAGGGUACUGACCUCCACCCCGGCGGGGCCCCGCCGGCUGCUUUUCUCGCCGGGUUCAGCCGUCGUCUUCUGGCUGUGGAAAGUGCAAUGGGGUAGCUGACUGCGGGGUCCCCCUCCUUGGCCCCCGGGAGCUGCCGACCCACAGAGAGGAUGCGCGAGCGAACCUGCUUCCCCUCGCCGCUGCUGUCUGGUGUUGCUUUGAAGGGGUGGAAAAGAAAAAAAAGAAAAAAGAAAUUAGAAACACUUGAUGCUUCCUUGUUUCGGGAGGGGGAGGGAAUUUUUUUAUCAUGUCAGAUUCUAUUUUAUAUGUAACUUGAACUGCCUAUAGGGACACUGGUGUAUGAAGACUUAUUUUUGUACCAGAAACCUUAGAGAAAAGGGAUGAGAUGGUUCUAUUUUUAGCGGGUCCUAUCCACUUGUUCUUGAACACUACCAGCUGGAAUGUUUUGGGAACAUAGACGGUAUAGAUGAAAAGGUGUUUGUUAGGUUUGUUGUUGUGGUUUUUUUUUAAUUAUUCUUUCCAAACUUUUUUGGUAAAAGACUGUAAAGUUAUGUUGUGUUUUAAUGUGGUGUCUGAGUUUGCCUGGUGUGAAGGUCCACCUCUCUGAAAACUGAAGUUUUUUAAAAAAAAAUGUAUUGAAGGCAUUUUUCUAUGCACUUGCUAGGAUUUCUUAAGUUGUACAUACACAGUUUUUAAGAGAGUAUCAUAUUUUAUGUAA